GGUGCCAGGUGGGCUACGCGGCUGGGGCGGCUGCGGAUGUCGCCUUAGGGACGCGUUGACACUCACUGGCUAGUCCACCGCUCUCAGUCGGAGACCACAUUGCCUCGUUAGUCCUCAAUGAUGGGAGUGGGAAUUCUUGGUGGGAAGGAGAAUUUCGGAAAGCGUGCGGUUCUCAGAGGAGGAAUGAGCGCCCGUAGAUAUUUUGUGGCGAGAAGGCGAUUGUGAAGCGGGGCUCUGAGGGGCUUGAUGCCCCCCACCCCUCACACGGAGACCUUGAAAGAGGCAGGUGUCCAGCUAUCCAUUACCAAGAAGAAAUCUAUUCGUUUGAGCCUGAGACACUCUUUGAGGUAAAAAAUUAGAAUGAAAGAACCUUUGGAUGGUGAAUGUGGCAAAGCAGUGGUACCACAGCAGAAGCUUCUGGACAAAAUUAAAGAAGAACCAGACAAUGCUCAAGAGUAUGGAUGUGUCCAACAGCCAAAAACUCAAGAAAGUAAAUUGAAAAUUGGUGGUGUGUCUUCAGUUAAUGAGAGACCUAUUGCCCAGCAGUUGAACCCAGGCUUUCAGCUUUCUUUUGCAUCAUCUGGCCCAAGUGUGUUGCUUCCUUCAGUUCCAGCUGUUGCUAUUAAGGUUUUUUGUUCUGGUUGUAAAAAAAUGCUUUAUAAGGGCCAAACUGCAUAUCAUAAGACAGGAUCUACUCAGCUCUUCUGCUCCACACGAUGCAUCACCAGACAUUCUUCACCUGCCUGCCUGCCACCUCCUCCCAAGAAAACCUGCACAAACUGCUCGAAAGACAUUUUAAAUCCUAAGGAUGUGAUCACAACUCGCUUUGAGAAUUCCUAUCCUAGCAAAGAUUUCUGCAGCCAAUCAUGCUUGUCAUCUUAUGAGCUAAAGAAAAAACCUGUUGUUACCAUAUAUACCAAAAGCAUUUCAACUAAGUGCAGUAUGUGUCAGAAGAAUGCUGAUACUCGAUUUGAAGUUAAAUAUCAAAAUGUGGUACAUGGUCUUUGUAGUGAUGCCUGUUUUUCAAAAUUUCACUCUACAAACAACCUCACCAUGAACUGUUGUGAGAACUGUGGGAGCUAUUGCUAUAGUAGCUCUGGUCCUUGCCAAUCCCAGAAGGUUUUUAGUUCAACAAGUGUCACGGCAUACAAGCAGAAUUCUGCCCAAAUUCCUCCAUAUGCCCUGGGGAAGUCAUUGAGGCCCUCAGCUGAAAUGAUUGAGACUACAAAUGAUUCAGGAAAAACAGAGCUUUUCUGCUCUAUUAAUUGCUUAUCUGCUUACAGAGUUAAGACUGUUACUUCUUCAGGUGUCCAGGUUUCAUGUCAUAGUUGUAAAACCUCAGCAAUCCCUCAGUAUCACCUAGCCAUGUCAAAUGGAACUAUAUACAGCUUCUGCAGCUCCAGUUGUGUGGUCGCUUUCCAGAAUGUAUUUAGCAAGCCAAAAGGAACAAACUCUUCGGCGGUGCCCCUGUCUCAGGGCCAAGUGGUUGUAAGUCCGCCCUCCUCCAGGUCAGCAGUGUCAAUAGGAGGAGGUAACACCUCUGCCGUUUCCCCCAGCUCCAUCCGUGGCUCUGCUGCAGCCAGCCUCCAACCUCUUGCUGAACAAUCCCAGCAAGUUGCUUUAACCCAUACAGUUGUUAAACUCAAGUGUCAGCACUGUAACCAUCUGUUUGCCACAAAACCAGAACUUCUUUUUUACAAGGGUAAAAUGUUUCUGUUUUGUGGCAAGAAUUGCUCUGAUGAAUACAAGAAGAAAAAUAAAGUUGUGGCAAUGUGUGACUACUGUAAACUGCAGAAAAUUAUAAAGGAGACUGUGCGAUUCUCAGGGGUUGAUAAGCCAUUCUGUAGUGAAGUUUGCAAAUUCCUCUCUGCCCGUGACUUUGGAGAACGAUGGGGAAACUACUGUAAGAUGUGCAGCUACUGUUCACAGACAUCCCCAAAUUUGGUAGAAAAUCGAUUGGAGGGCAAGUUAGAAGAGUUUUGUUGUGAAGAUUGUAUGUCCAAAUUUACAGUUCUGUUUUAUCAGAUGGCCAAGUGUGAUGGUUGUAAACGACAGGGUAAACUAAGCGAGUCCAUAAAGUGGCGAGGCAACAUUAAACAUUUCUGUAACCUAUUUUGUGUCUUGGAGUUUUGUCAUCAGCAAAUUAUGAAUGACUGUCUUCCACAAAAUAAAGUAAAUAUUUCUAAAGCAAAAACUGCUGUGACGGAGCUCCCUUCUGCAAGGACAGAUACAACACCAGUUAUAACCAGUGUGAUGUCAUUGGCAAAAAUACCUGCUACCUUAUCUACAGGGAACACUAACAGUGUUUUAAAAGGUGCAGUUACUAAAGAGGCAGCAAAGAUCAUUCAAGAUGAAAGUACACAGGCAGAUGCUAUGAAAUUUCCAUCUUCCCAAUCUUCCCAGCCUUCCAGGCUUUUAAAGAACAAAGGCAUAUCAUGCAAACCCGUCACACAGACCAAGGCCACUUCUUGCAAACCACAUACACAGCACAAAGAAUGUCAGACAGAGACGGGAUUUCACAGUGUUGGCAGCGCUGGUCUCGAACUCGUGACCUCAUGAUCCGCCCGCCUCAGCCUCCCAAAGUGCUGGGAUUACAAGCAUUUACCUAUGCCUAAUGAAAAAAAUGAUGCAGAACUUGAUUCUCCACCUUCAAAGAAAAAAAGAUUAGGUUUUUUCCAGACUUAUGAUACAGAAUAUUUAAAAGUUGGUUUUAUUAUCUGUCCUGGAUCAAAAGAAAGUUCACCAAGGCCACAGUGUGUCAUUUGUGGAGAGAUCUUAUCCAGUGAAAACAUGAAGCCAGCAAAUCUUUCUCAUCAUUUGAAGACAAAACAUUCAGAAUUAGAAAACAAACCAGUAGAUUUUUUUGAACAAAAAUCUUUAGAAAUGGAAUGUCAAAAUAGUUCUUUAAAAAAGUGUUUACUAGUUGAAAAGUCACUUGUGAAAGCUUCUUAUUUAAUUGCUUUCCAAACUGCUGCAAGCAAGAAGCCAUUCUCCAUUGCUGAAGAAUUAAUUAAACCAUAUUUAGUAGAAAUGUGUUCAGAAGUUUUGGGUUCAAGUGCUGGAGACAAAAUGAAAACUAUUCCACUUUCUAAUGUUACAAUUCAACACAGGAUUGAUGAACUAUCUGCAGACAUUGAAGACCAGCUGAUUCAAAAGGUCAGAGAGUCAAAGUGGUUUGCCCUUCAGAUAGAUGAGUCAUCAGAAAUCUCAAAUAUCACACUUCUUUUGUGCUAUAUUCGUUUCAUUGAUUAUGAUUGUCGUGAUGUAAAAGAAGAAUUAUUAUUUUGCAUUGAAAUGCCUACUCAAAUAACUGGCUUUGAAAUAUUUGAACUAAUAAAUAAAUAUAUUGAUAGUAAAUCUCUGAAUUGGAAACAUUGUGUUGGUCUCUGUACCGAUGGGGCUGCAAGCAUGACUGGCAGGUAUUCUGGUUUAAAAGCAAAAAUUCAAGAAGUUGCCAUGAAUACAGCGGCAUUUACACAUUGUUUUAUUCACCGUGAACGUUUAGUGGCAGAAAAGUUGUCUCCAUGUUUACAUAAAAUUCUUUUGCAGUCAGCACAAAUUUUAAGUUUUAUAAAGAGCAAUGCAUUAAAUUCACGUAUGUUAACAAUUUUGUGUGAAGAGAUGGGAUCUGAGCAUGUGAGUUUACCGCUUCAUGCUGAAGUACGUUGGAUAUCAAGAGGGAGGAUGUUAAAAAGAUUAUUUGAAUUACGACAUGAGAUUGAAAUAUUUUUAAGUCAAAAGCAUUCAGAUUUGGCCAAGUAUUUUCAUGAUGAGGAAUGGGUUGGAAAGCUGGCCUACUUAUCAGAUAUAUUUUCACUUAUAAAUGAAUUAAAUUUAAGUCUCCAAGGAACUUUGACUACUUUCUUCAAUUUGUGUAAUAAAAUUGAUGUAUUUAAGAGAAAGUUAAAAAUGUGGUUGAAGCGCACACAAGAGAAUGAUUAUGACAUGUUCCCUUCAUUUUCUGAAUUCUCAAAUUCAUCAGGCUUAAAUAUGACAGACAUCACAAGGAUUAUUUUUGAGCACCUGGAAGGACUUUCUCAAGUGUUCAGUGACUGUUUUCCACCAGAACAAGACUUGCGUUCAGGAAAUUUGUGGAUAAUUCACCCUUUUAUGAAUCACCAAAAUAAUAAUCUCACCGACUUCGAAGAAGAAAAGCUAACACAGCUAUCUUCAGAUUUAGGAUUACAAGCACUAUUUAAAUCAGUGUCUGUAACUCAGUUUUGGAUAAAUGCAAAGACAAGUUACCCAGAACUCCAUGAAAGGGCAAUGAAAUUUUUAUUACCCUUUUCAACUGUUUAUUUAUGUGAUGCUGCCUUUUCAGCUUUGACUGAGUCAAAACAAAAAAAUCUGUUGGGUUCUGGCCCUGCCCUAAGACUUGCAGUCACAUCUUUAAUUCCAAGGAUAGAAAAAUUAGUGAAGGAGAAAGAGUAGCAAUAUGCACAUUGCUUAUCAGUGAAGUCAAUAAUCUUGUGUUAAGUUUUGUAUAAGUAUCCUAAAAGAUAAUUUCCUAAUGUGGAUUUGUGUUUUCAGUUAUUAAAUGUUUUAAUAAUUUU